AUGAAGGAAAACGACGACGGUGAAUUAUCUGUACGAUCUGCUUCUGAAGGAGCACCUGGCAGCGGAUCACAGAGCAAUGGAUCCCAGGAGAACCAGAGGAGGAAUGUGGUCCUUCACAAGGUGCUUCAGGCGCUGCAAUUCGCAAAGGCGGCCUACGGGAGCAGGAACGCCGCGACACUGGUGCCGGCCUCGGGCUGCAUGCGGCUGCAGGGGCUGCCGGACACCUGGGUGGACGUUGCCUGGCAGGACGUCAACAGCGUUGCCUACCUCGCCUUCAGGGGCCCUCUGCUGAAGGAGUACACGGGCAUGCGCGGCUCAGCGCAGGUGCCGCAGUAUCUUCAGGGAGUCUCUUCUUCGGCACGCAUUGAAGUGGCGGCUCUCUGGCGAUUCGAGGCCCUGCAGGAGCACAGCGGCAAUAUCGCCGGUAUCCGCGGCGCCGUCCUCAAUCUCUCAGGUGGCAAGGCACCGCGUAGGGUUGUGUGCACGGGGUAUUGUGUCGGGGGGUCUUUGGCGGGGGUUGCUGCACCGUGGGCAGCCAUCACAUGGCCGGAAGCAGAUGUGCGCUGCAUCACUUUCGGCUCCGCUGUGGUGGCGAAUCAGGAAUUUGCGCAUGUGUUUUCUUGGCUGGUGGCAGCCAAGUACGCAAUAUACCACGCGGGAGAUCCGUUAGUCAGCGCCUCUGAAACCGGCGGCUCAAUCCCCCUGGGCCACGUCAUCCAUAUCUCCCCUGGCCACGCUGACAUGGCGGACAUCAAGGGGGUGCACAAAGACAACGCCUGCCACCUGCUGGCGGCGUACGAGGAGGCGCUGACUAACCCGCACCAGGGGUCGAUAUCUCAUCUCCCCUUUGACACCCGCGGCCUCCAGGGGAUCAGCAUGAAGUCCAUGCACCAACACGUCACAGACCUGUGGGAUGCAAACAAGAAGAGGAAAGACGACGCGCACGCAAAGCAGCCGCCCGGGGGAAGAGCAAACCAGGGCCAGGAGGGCUCCAUCGAUAACUUCGGGGGCUGUGAAGAUCGGGAGCGCGAGUUUGAGACUGCCGCUGGGAGCAGCGGCCGCCAGAUCAUCCCCCAGAGGCGCCGCAAGCUCCGCUGGCCGACACACCUCUGCUGCCGAGACCGCAUAUGGCGCACACAAGGCAAGUUUAUCUGCCCCCAGCGGAACGAGGCGAGUGUGGCUCUGCCAAAUCAGGCGCAGCCACAGCAGGCUCAGCGCGCAGAGGCGUCCUGCUCAAGAGUGUUCCAAGAGGGGCCACAUGCGCCCGCCGACUCGCACCCCGGCAAGUCCGAGUUCGGCAAGAUGCACCUGGCUUCGCGCGUGCGGGGCGCUGCUCUGGCGGCCCAUGGAGUGUACCACAGCCUGGAAUACUUCAGGGGAGUCACCGGACUGCGCACGUCCGAGCUGCUUAGCGAGUGCUUCGAGGUGUGGUUUGAGCUUGGAGUUGCAUUCCGGACGCGCUGGGCCGGCGGCCCCGCCUCUGCCGACGCGGCGGCAUCUGCCGCCUCUGAUCUAUUGUGUGAGUCUGGUGUGCAGUGCGCCGUUGGAUGGAUGCCGAGCGGAACUCUGGUGAUUGCCUUUCGGGGCACAGCCAGCCUCAAGAACGUCCAGGCAGACAUCAGCUUCUUCUCCAAGCGGGUGGAGCUCCUGCCUAAGGCGUUCCCUGGCGCCAAGGCCCACAGCGGCUUUCUGCAGCAACUGAGCUCCAUCACCAACCCCGAGUCAUGCGACUCCAAUCUGGAAGAGACCAUCAAGGUGCUGACGGCAGGGCAGGAGCCCAAUCGCAUAAUCUGCUGCGGCCACAGCCUCGGCGGCGCCGUGGCGGCCUUAGCCGGCAUGUGGGCUGCGUUCCAGUGGCCGGACGCGGACGUGCGCUGCAUCGGCUUUGGCACUCCACGCGUGGGCAACAAAGCGCUGUGCCGCUGCGUCAACUUCAUCAUCGGGCAGUCCAUCCGCGUCGAGCACGGCCACGAUCCAAUCCCCUUGAUGCCUGCUCGCGCCCUGGGAUAUGAUGUGUUCGAGCACUCGGUGGCGCUGCACAAGAAGCGCAUCUGGCAGGAUUGCCGGCCGCUCGUCUGCAAAGCGUUCCCUGAUUUUGCCCAUCAUGGCAUGGAGAAGAAGAAGAAGAAGAAGAAGAAGAAGAAGAAGAAGAAGAAGAAGAAGAAGAAGAAGAAGAAUGUAAGAUCACGUCACAGCAGGAAAUGGCCCACAAACAUGGUGAGGGUGCUGUGCAGGGUGCUACAGAAGUGCACCCCUGGCGACUCGGGCGUGGAGAUUUGGGACGAGCCGGAUCUGCACCCCGAGAAGGACCUCAAUGAAAUGCUGCGGCAGCAGAGCAAGAUCAAGUGUUCCUGCUGA